UCCUUCACCCACCGUACAAACAAAAAUACGAAUUGUCACUUUAUCAGUCUGUCGUCGCCGUCUUCGCAUUUUGCUCAGCUUAAAUCCGUGUUCUUUUAAAUCGUCGUCAUGGCUUUGAAAUUGCUCGUUGGUCAAAAGAUUAUGAACGAGGUGGUUCGCUACAAUGGAACACCUAGUAAGGCCAAUCCAACUGGAAAACCAUCGAUAGAGUGGAGAAUCCUGAUAGUCGAUAAACUUGCUAUGCGAAUGGUUUCGGCAUGCACUAAAAUGCAUGAAAUAAGUGCUGAAGGCAUUACUUUGGUUGAAGACAUCAAUAAAAAACGCGAACCAUUGCCAGCGAUAGAGGCAGUAUAUUUAAUUACACCAUCGGAAGAUUCUAUAAGGCUGCUAAUGAGAGACUUCGAGAAUCCGGCCAAACCAACUUAUAAAGCUGCUCACGUGUUCUUCACUGAAGUGUGCCCUGAAGAACUAUUCAAUGACAUAUGCAAAUCCGUUGUCUCCAGAAAAAUUAAAACUUUGAAGGAAAUCAAUAUUGCUUUUCUCCCAUAUGAAUCACAGGUUUAUUCCCUGGACUCUCCUGUGACAUUUCAAUGUGCUUACUCACCGGCUUUAGCUUCUGCUCGGUAUGGUAAUAUGGAACGUAUCGCUGAGCAAAUCGCCACACUAUGCGCCACUUUAGGCGAAUAUCCAUCAGUGCGAUAUCGAGCCGAAUGGGAAGGAAAUAUGGAGCUGGCGCAAAUGAUACAGCAAAAACUUGAUGCAUACAAAGCCGAUGAACCUACUAUGGGCGAAGGUCCAGAAAAGGCAAGAUCACAGUUGCUUAUCAUUGACCGUGGCUUCGAUUGUGUAUCUCCCUUGCUCCACGAAUUAACUUUACAAGCAAUGGCUUACGAUUUGCUCCCAAUUGUCAAUGAUGUUUACAAGUUUAUUCCAUCGCCGAAUGCUGCUGAGAAGGAGGUGCUGUUAGACGAAAAAGAUGAUUUGUGGGUUGAUCUGCGACACCAACACAUUGCAGUUGUAUCACAAAGUGUAACACAGUAUUUGAAAACGUUCACCGAGUCGAAAAGACUCACUCAGACCGAGAAGCAAUCGAUGAAGGAUCUUUCUCAGAUGAUUAAGAAGAUGCCACAAUAUCAGAAACAAUUGUCCAAAUAUUCCACUCAUUUGCAUUUGGCAGAAGAUUGCAUGAAAUCCUAUCAGGGUUAUGUAGAUAAACUUUGUCGGGUGGAACAAGAUCUUGCUAUGGGUACCGAUGCUGAAGGAGAAAAAAUCAAAGACCACAUGCGCAACAUUGUUCCAAUACUGUUGGACCAAUCAGUAUCUAACUAUGAUAAAGUUCGCAUAAUUGCUUUGUACGUCAUGAUUAAGAAUGGAAUAUCUGAAGAGAAUUUAACCAAGUUGGUUACCCAUGCUCAGAUUGAACCAAAGGAAAGAGAAAUGAUUACAAACUUAAACUACCUGGGUAUCAACGUUAUUGCAGAUGGUAAUCGAAAAAAGGGAUACACCGUACCAAGGAAAGAGCGCAUCAAUGAGCACACCUAUCAGAUGUCAAGGUGGACUCCUGUAAUUAAAGAUAUCAUGGAAGAUAGCAUCGAUAACAAGUUAGAUGAAAGGCAUUUCCCAUUCCUUGGGGGACGUAAAACAGCUGGAUUCCAUGCUCCAACCAGUGCCCGCUAUGGUCAUUGGCAUAAGGACAAGUCGCAGACAGCGGUCAAGAAUGUGCCGCGCAUGAUUGUGUUCGUUAUUGGCGGUGUGAGUUACUCGGAAAUCCGCUGCGCCUACGAAGUAACGGCUGCUGUCAAGAAUUGGGAGGUGUACAUUGGUUCAUCCCACAUUUUAACACCCGAAACAUUCCUCAGUGAUCUGGGAUCAUUGAACAAGGAGUAGAAAUAGUUAAUAUUUGCUUGUAAUGUUAAAUUACCAUGUAAACCUGUCAAAUCUAUGCAAUUGACUGUGCAAGUUUCGAAGCAAUUAACAGUAUAUCACAUAAACGUAAUUCGAUAAGCGUAAUGGAGAACAUUAUCUAUUCAAAUGACCUAAUAAUUCAAUUAUAAAUUUACAAAGUUAUUUGCUUCGUUAUGAUUUAGACUACUAUGUAUAUAUUGAAAGCGUACAUAAGUAAAUAAGGUAAUUUCUUCGUUAAUAUAUUCUGCUCUAUAACCAACCAUAUAUAAUAGCUUUUAUCUUCAUGAAAAAAAAGUUUAUUACAUUUAUAAGUAGCAUGGAUGAAAGUCAUUAAAUCCUAUUAUAAAAAAAAUCAUUGCUUAAAUUAUUCGAAAACAUUAAAUAUUUAGAAGUGUACCUCAUUCA